AUGAAGUCACACACCUCUUUAUGGCGGGGCGCUGCUGGUAUGGAGAAAGGGGCAGGUGAGGGUAAUGGGGGAGAGGAGGAGGAGGAGGAGGAGGAGGAGGAGGAGGAGGAGGAGGAGGAGGAAAGGAGGGCACAGAAGGGCGAGUGCAUAUCUUUAGAUGCUAUGGAUUUAUGCAAUCAGAUUCAUCAGUUGUUCCACCAACAAGUGUUCACAGUCUCUCACACGCUGGUGGUGUCUGCUGGAGGGAAGGAGGUGGCAGUGCGAGUGGCAGAAGCAAACAAUCUAAGUGAGGAGGAGCGAGAGGAGGCAGUCUUAUACCACUGUUACAGGGGCAUGCUCACAAACAACACCCAAAUACACCUUGUACCCGAUACCGGCAUACGGCUACUCAACUGGGUCCCUAAGAAGGCUGCCGAGAAGACAGGCCCGAGCAGGGUUGUCAAUCUCCUAUCAUCAGACGACGAGCUCUUUCCAGUCAAGAAGGCUCUUCUGCGACCAUGCCUCGCACUCACCAAGGCAGUGCAGGACACUGGCCUAGAACCUCCAACGGUGCAAGUGCCCAUCGACUGCUUACUGCUGGACCGAGUGCUGCUGUUCCUAGAGGCGGAUUUCAAGGGGCAAGGGGAAAGUUUUCAGUUUGACAUCAACCUCACUGGGGACCUGAGGGAAGCAGCAAGGGCCCUAGCUCUCAAGAGCCUCCAAGAUCUGUGUGACCAGCGGCAAGGGCUGUUUGAAUCGCGCAUCCGUGAGUACACCUUUGCUGAGGUGGCGGAACGCAAUGCGGAUGGCAACUGUUGGCUGCUUCUGGACGGCAUGGUGCUGGAUGUAACCAGCUGGUUACCAGAACACCCUGGAGGCGAUACAAUCAUUCCAACUCAGGGGCUUAACCGGGACUGCACUGUGUUCUUUGAGCUGUACCAUUCAUCACGGGAAUCGUUUUUGUACCUCAGGCAUUUCUACAUGGGUGAGCUGAAAGAGGAUGAUAAGCUUAAGUUGGUGGAGCAAGAAGACCAACAACCAUCCGCAGAAUUUAUGCAGCAAUUGUGGGAGUACACUCACUCGAUCGCAGAUCUGGUGCUAAUAACGAUGGCCGUUACAUCCGUCCACCGUAUUCUAUCGCGCAAUCGAGCGACGGGAAGCGCGCUCGGCGCGCUCUUCCGAUCCGUCGAAUCUGGAUCGCAAGCAGGCGCAGCCGCGCCGGCCACGUCACCAAAUGGCGCCGCCGCGCUGGCCAGCCGCCACGUCAGCACGUGCGAUCUCGCGGGGUUUGCGGGAGGUCGUGACGUGGAUGCGGUGCUUAGCGGCGCGGUGUCUCCUUUCAGAAGCUCCGUGACUUGCGCCGCUGCGUCGUCGACGUCGUUUCGCGGCAUUGUUCCGUCUGUUCCGGCGGGAGACGCGGCGGCGAUCGCGGCGCAGUGCAGGCGUGGAUAUGCGACCUUCUCCCGAUCCAAGCCGCAUCUGAACAUCGGCACCAUCGGCCACGUGGAUCACGGCAAGACCACCCUCACCGCCGCCAUUACCAAGGUGUUGGCAGACGAGGGCAAGGCGAAGGCAAUUGCGUUUGAUGAGAUUGACAAGGCACCUGAGGAGAAGGCCCGUGGUAUCACCAUUGCCACUGCGCAUGUGGAGUACGAGACAGAGAAGCGCCACUACGCACACGUGGACUGCCCAGGCCACGCGGAUUACGUGAAGAACAUGAUCACGGGCGCGGCUCAGAUGGACGGAGGCAUUCUCGUGGUGUCGGCUCCUGAUGGCCCCAUGCCCCAGACGCGAGAGCACAUCCUGCUCGCCAGACAGGUGGGAGUGCCGUCGCUGGUGUGCUUCCUGAACAAGGUGGACAUGGUGGAUGAUGAAGAGCUGCUAGAGCUGGUCGAGAUGGAACUCAGGGAGCUCCUCUCCUUCUACAAGUUCCCAGGGGACGACAUCCCAAUUGUGCGAGGGUCAGCGCUGGCAGCGUUGCAGGGCACCAACGAGGAGAUUGGAAAGAAGGCCAUUCUCAAGCUCAUGGCAGCUGUGGAUGAGUACAUUCCUGAGCCGCAGAGGUCGCUCGACAAGCCCUUCUUGAUGCCCAUUGAAGACGUGUUCUCCAUCCAGGGUCGAGGCACAGUGGUGACAGGGCGUGUGGAGCAGGGGAUUAUCAAAGUGGGGGAUGAAAUUGAGAUUGUGGGCAUGAAGGCAGGCAAUCCCACUAAGACAACAGUGACGGGUGUGGAGAUGUUCAAGAAGAUCCUCGACCAGGGGCAGGCGGGAGAUAACGUGGGGCUGCUCAUGAGAGGAUUGAAGCGCGAAGACGUGCAGAGGGGGCAAGUAGCCUGCAAGCCGGGCUCGAUCAAGACCUCUCAGAAGUUCCAAGCGGAGAUCUACGUGCUGACCAAGGAGGAGGGCGGGCGCCACACGGCCUUCUUCUCCAACUACCGCCCGCAGUGCUACCUGCGCACGGCCGAUGUCACGGGCAAGGUGGUGCUGCCGGAUGAAGUCAAGAUGGUCAUGCCGGGUGAUAACGUCACGGCAACUUUUGAGCUCCUUUCACCGGUUGCCAUCGAAGCAGGCCAACGCUUUGCGCUACGAGAGGGUGGUCGCACCGUGGGGGCUGGCGUGGUGGCUAAACUGCUGGAUUGA